GGAGUGUACUGACCCCUGCUGUGAGCCCUCGACGUGUAAACUCAAACCCAGGGCACAGUGCCCAUCCACUGGUGCCUGUUGCAAAGACUGCCAAUUCCUUCCAGCAGGGACAAUGUGCCGAGUGCCAAUGGGAAAAUGUGACCUGCCGGAGUUCUGUACAGGAAAUUUCUCUGAUUGCCCUGAAAAUGUGUAUCUGAAAGAUGGGCACACGUGCAGCAAUGGGACUCUAUACUGCAGCAAUGGUAUCUGCCAGUCUGCGGAUAAACAGUGCCAGGAGAUCUGGGGUCCCGGUGCAAGAUCUGCUGAAGAUGCAUGUUACUCAUUUACAAAUAAAGCAGGAAGCCCCUUUGGAAACUGUGGCAAGAAUGAGAAUAAUGAUUACAUCAAGUGUCAAAACAAAGAUGUAAAGUGUGGGAAGAUUCAGUGUAAGGGUGGAAAUUCCUCUCCAGUCCGUGGAGGGAAUGUACACUAUUCCACCACCGAAUUUGUGAUUAACGGUGUGCAAAUGAAAUGCAGGGGGACAUUUUCGAAUUUACCUGAUUCCAUUUCUCCAGACCUCAUUCGACAAGGCACAAAGUGUGGAGACAAGAAGGUGAGUCAUUCAUAG